AUGUCAGUAGUUGCUGAUCAACAUUUAUCAUCUCUUCAAAUGACAUCACAUUCAGAACAAAUCAUAGCAAAUAAUAUUCUUUCACCAACAUCAUCAUUCGUUCAAGAAUUAUCUCUUGCACCAUUAAAACGUAAAUAUUCAUUUGAUAAUAAAUAUCAAGAUUAUUAUUGUCAUCAAAUUAUUACACCAUCAUUAAUUAAACAACAAGAUGAAUUUAUUCAACAACGAGAUUUAUUAUCAUCAAUUUCUAUAAAUUCAUCGAAUUCAUCACUUUCAUCAGCAAGUGAUGAAAAUAUACCUAUACGUACACGUUCAUUCAUGGUUGCUAUCAAGAAUACAUUUGAACGUUUAAAAGAAACAUCAAGUUGA